AUGAGUAAAAUAAAGCUGAGGCUCGCUUAAUCCCCAUCAGAUUCGCAAUCUAAUCAAGAUAAGAAGAAUCAAUAAAAUUAAUCAUCUGAAAUCGAGUAGAUGAUGUCAUCACCAGAGGUUAAAAAAUUUGAAGCUUUCUUGUUUGAAUCCAUUACAACCAAAUAGAGACUGUCCAUGAAAUUUUCUUAAUUCACUCCUGUCCCCUCAAAAGUAAGCCGUAAGUAUGAGGAUGAAUUCAGUUGGAAUCAUAAUUCUGAUCAUUCAAAACAGUGA